CGCAAAUCCUGUCGUAUGCCAUAAUCUGUUCUUCGCUGGCAUCUGGUGACUAUCCACAAAUCUCACUCUGUAUCCUUCUGCGAUGCAUAGCAUCCUUGAGAUGAAAUAAGCCAACAUCAGCAGUGUCAUGUCCAUAUCGGCCAGUCAUGGUAUACUUCCCAGCCUAUUUUGAACUCUGAUCGGAAAAAAGACGAAGAAACAUCUUGUGGAACGAUGGUUGCAGUUGUCGGCCCGCAAUACCUAUUACUUAUUUAUUUCUACUGCCCUUCUAGGCUUGCUAAAUGCUGUCUCAGCUAUCCAGAGCCCUGCAAACUACCCUGCUACAAACCCCGGGUAUCACCCGUCAUUCUGUCACAUUCGGGAGUUCAACGAUCCAGACUGGAUUUAACGCCAGCUUGGAAUAGCCAUUACUUAAUAAUGUUUUCGGAAACUCUCAGAUGCCGGGCUAGACUACUAGCGGAGGACUAAACUGGUCGGGCUUCGACAUAACCGAGUUCAACAGUAGCACGUUGUUAUCCUACAUCAUGGCUGUUGCUGGCACGACUAUAGAUGCGGCCUUGAUCGCUCCGCAUGCACCUACUCCCACGACAUUUAUGGA